UUCUGUCAAGUGAAUCGUGUUCGUGUUUCAAAAUAUCGCAGCCGAGAAAAUAACAAUCCGCCGUGGUACGGACGCAGGUGUUGCAACUUUUGCACGAUUAACUUAUCCAGUCGAUUGUUUUAAAUUCUUCAGAAAUCAAACUUUUGUCUGUUUUUAUAUCGUGUAUAAAUAAAAAAAUGAAACGUUGAACAGGUGUAUAAUGCGGUCAUAGUCGAACUGUUUUUUUUAUCAGCGCAUGUUUUAGUUAAUUUUUGAAAUAAACGGCAGUGAAAUUAAUUUUCUUACCGAAAUAUUAACAUGUUUACUUGUUGAGGUGUCUUUGUGUAAGUCAUCGAGUAAUACUGUACAAUAUUGUGAUAAGGAUUGACACGAUUCGCGUGUAUCUUGUGUUGAACGCGAAGUGAAAUUUAGUGCUUAAACAUGUUCGUUGCUCCAAAAUAAUGAUAUCGUCCAACAGAGUGCAAGCGAUAAAAAGUAAAUUUGAGAAUUUGAACGUCGAAAACGUGCCGGUUGUUCGUAAACGAAUCACUCCGAAGCAGCUGUGUAUACAAACUAAGGUCAGCGAGGUAGGCAGUGAAAAUAUUUAUAAAGGUAAAGGAAACAUAACCGAGCGAAAUGAAAUAUCGUUUAAGGAGAAAAGCAAUAGCGCUGAUUCAGACUCUAGCGAAGAUAUAUCGCCUAAACCUAACCACAGCUAUUUGUACAGUGAAGUGAAGAGGACCGCUGGUGAUACAAAGAAAUUACUAUCUCGCCAAACUAGUGAUCCUGGUAAGAAACUGCACAGAAGUCACGCAUUCCGUUGUGACCGGAGCCAGAAAAUCAAUGACACACCUAAAAGGCAUGGGAGUUGUAAUGGUAGGUCGGAGUCUGGUGACUUCACAUUAAAAAUGGGGGAAAAGAAACUUAGUAAAGAUAGACUGAGACGUCUUGGUAACUUGUUGGAGGAUCAAAUGAAAAAAGAAAAUUUCAAAGUAAGCAACAGUGAAGUAUUCGUUAGUGAAAUCAAAAUGCUUAGAACUGAUGGCAACUCUAUACCGGAUUCCCACGUCCCAAAGCAUAUAUUGGAUCAGUAUGCUAAAGUUGUGAAAAAGAAAGAUGCAGAUAACAAACAGGAUGCUAUGACGGAUAGCGGUGUUAGUUCUGAAACUGAAAAUUUGGAGGAGGAAAAGUGUAGUAAAAUUAAACAACUCGUGUCUCACUAUGAAAAACCUGAUGUCACUCAAAAUACCACAGAAAUAAAAGAUAAUGUUAAAGAAAUUGAAAAUGUGCAUAGUGAUGUUGAAGAUAAAACUAAUUUGGAAUCUAUGAAUGAUCUGUGUGCAUCCAGUGAGACAAUGAAGCUGGAACGUAAAAAUCCUCACCUAGUUUUAACAGACACCCUUAAAAAGGCUCUGAAACAGCCCCUACCUUCAGGUCCUCCACCUAAGAAACCACCUCGUGUUUUUGCUGCUCCUAUCCCAGAAGCUACUGCUGUACCUCAACCAGAAUCUCCAGAUAAAAAGAGGAAAGAUACUAAAAAGAUGAUAGAAAAACUUGAGAAGGCUUUACAAAGAAAGGAAGCACAAAAUCAAUCAAAUAAACAUAUUUAUGAUGUGGUAGAGGCAGAUAUGAGUAAAACAAAGCCUAAAGAAAUGCAUUAUUUAUGUACAGAAGUGCUGGAUAUUGCACAAAGGUCACUAAUGGCCAAUCAAAAUAUUCUUAAUCCUUUAACAAAUUGUUUCACAUCCUUAAACUGUGCCAUAGUAAAUAAUCAUUCUACAUUAAGCUUGCCAUAUACAAGAUUGAGUACCGGUACAAUAAACUGUGAUUCAGCACACUUUUGCACUGAUAGUGCUAACUGCACUGACUGUAAACCUCGUCUUAGUACUUUUAUUGAUGAUAAAACAUCGAAUGAGUGCAGUAAAUGUCAUUCCAGUGAUGGUUUUAAAUGUUAUUUAAGUUGCAAAUGUAAGGAUCACAUUGAAGAAAAAGAAAAUCAAUGUAAUUUUACAAGUUAUCUUAAAUCCGAUUAUAGACAUAAAUUGGCUUAUUCAGUCGAUGAAGAGCCUAUUUAUGAUGAGCCAUAUGUUGGAGAUAGUGAUGUGCAGUAUGUUAAAAAGAGUGAAUAUGGAACUUUGAGUAGUUGGAGAUUUAAGGAGAACUGCAGUAAGAGUUUGGAGGAUUUGAGGAUUGCUGAUAAGACAGAGGAUAAGAAAAUUUACGACAUACCGUGCGAAAUAUCAAGACCCAACACACCGGACUUUAAAAAAUCAACUAAGAUUGAUUUUAGAAAACUGAGACAGAAUUUCGAAGUUGGCUUCAGUGAUACGGAAACAGAAGUAAACAAAAGAAUGUCUAAAGAUUCCCUUUAUCAAGGAAGAGGUUGCAUUAACGAAGCUAAAAAGAAAUUUGAUAAUGAUAAGAAUUGUAUAGCAAAAGAACCUUUGCUAACAAAGAAAGUUUCCAAAUCAACGGAUAAUGUUUGCGAGGAAUUCAAAACGGCUAAGAAGACGAUCGAAAAACAGUUCAAUACAGACACAAGAAGAUAUAGAAAGUUCGAGAAGGGUGAGAUUAAAUCUGUUACAAGAUUGUCACUAGCGAAGAAGGAUAACACACAACUGGAUGUUGAUAGAGAAAAUCUCAACCGUCUGAUGACGGAGAUCUACGAGACGGUGUCUGCGGCGUGCAACAUGGACGACAACAAGCCUGGUUGCUUCCCAACAGAGCUCUCUGAUGGCAGCACCAGCGAAGAAUCCGUAAGGCUAACUAGAAGUCUAACCGAAAAAAGAAAGAACUACGUUAGACGGGUGUCAUCCAGGGUGGCAUAUCUUGACCCGAAGAAUGUCAAAAGCCUACGCUUCCGCCAUCAAACGUCCAUCUGUUCGUACAAAUCAGAAAUAAUAGACAAUCCAUAUUCAACAUUUCGUUCUUGGAAGAGUUUCCGAGCGUCUCAAUCGAAUCUCGCAAAAGACAAGAUGGCGGACAUGACAGAUUCCAAAUUCAAUUUGACGGAUUCGAGCGGGAAUGUGUUAUCUAUGAAGGAUGAUUUGACAGCCAGUGAUGAUAGCAUAGACAAUCAGAGCAUAGACGAGAAAACUGGAUGUGUGGAUAUUGGACUACCUUUUGAGCCAAGAGAGAGGGGCUUGUUCAAUAUAUGUCUGUUAGUCGGUAUGAAUUAUAUGACGGGACAGGCGUAUGUGAAAAGUGUGUUUCCAAGUCAGGUGGUUGCGCCUGCGCACAUAGAGAACCUAGUGUUCCCUGAGACACUGUGCGGUGCGCAGGCCGAGGCGGCAGACGCACGCGCAGCGCAGCAGUACUCUCUGGUGCUGACUGACGAGCGCGGUGAGCGCAGCUACGGGUACUGCCGGCGAGUGUUGCCAGAGGGCGCCACCACUUGUCUGCCGCUCUGCUACUGUCUCAUAGGGAAAUAUCGAGCGCCAGGAUUUUAUUAUAAGGUACUGCAAGAAAUCGAAUCUAAACACGGCAACUCGGAAGUAGAGACAAAUUUACUACUGCAGCAGCUGUUUGAAAGCGACUUCCCCAAUCCUGGGGAAGACAUUACCAUCACAUACACGAGAGACCACGACCAGACCGCGAGUGCUCGGAACUCGGUCAACCUUGGUGAGAUCUUUGCCAAGACCGGACCUGACGUGGUCUCCACCGAGACCAGACAGAGGAAGUUGCUCAAAGUGGACAGUAUGCUGGACAAUGUAAAGGAUAUGCCAGAGUUUUACGAUCUGCAUAACAAUAAUAGUCCGAAAAGGGUUUUGCUGGAUCUAGGAGGACCAAGAACGAAGAUCAUUAAAAGGCCCAUAGAGCCACGUGUGGAUGAGGACAACUUCUCCGUGUUGCUGGACUCCUUCGGCGCCGGGCUGGUCAUAAAGGUGUUCAGCUCCUUACUCCUGGAGAGAAAGGUCGUCAUCAUGGGAAACCAGCUCAGCGUGGUGUCAUCGUGCAUGGAGGGUCUGCAGGCGGCGCUGUACCCGCUGGUGUGGCAGCAGCCGCUCAUCGCCAGCAUUCCAGCAGACAUCCAGCGCGAGGUGCUGGAGGCGCCGCUGCCAAUACUGGCGGGCAUGCUCAGCGCCGGCGACACUCAACUUACUGACAAUAUACUGUUUGAAGAGGGCAUGCUAAUAGAUCUAACACAUCCAAACAAGGUGUUAUUCUAUCAAGGAGAUGAGUCGACUAUUCUACCAACUUCCAGCUACAAAACUCUCAAAACUUCACUACAAAUGGAGUCAAUCAAACAGAAAGACAAACAAGAAGACACUAAAACAAGAAAUGUAAUGAUAUCGGAAGCCUUUUUGAGGUUUUUCGUAGAUAUUUUGGGUGAUUUUUGGAAGUUCUUCAUUGUUAGAGACCUAAAGGAAGGGGAAAUGGGCAAGAAUGGUGUUGUAUUCGACAAAGAAUCAUUCGUGAAGAAUGCAUCUUCUAAACAGAACCAAUAUUUCCUCGAAUGGUUCUCAGAGACGGCGAUGUUCAAUCAUUUUAUACAGAACAUGGCCGCGUGCUAUCCGCGGUUAGCCGACGGCACGCCGCAGACAAACACAUCACCUCUGCUCACCCCACAGGAGGCACAGCUUGUGGAUACCCCACUACCUAACUUCUACGAAUUGUUUCAACAACGACUAACUAGUAGAAAUAAAUCUGAACACAGAAUAACUGAUUCUAAAAACAAUUAUAAAAGUGCAGUUAAUAAAAAAGUGAAAAUGUUAAAAACAAAACUAAGAGAAUUAGUGACUUAGUGAAUUCAGUGAUAUAAUUGACACUUAGUGGAACUAAAAAUAUUUAAAAUAGCGUUCGAAAUUAAGUAAAAGUUGUAUAGGCUUCCUAUAAUAUAAAAAGGUAAAUAAUCUAGAAAAAAGGAAACCUUGUGAAAAAAAAAACAAAUAUAUGGGAAAAUGUAAAGAACUUAAAUACCGCAAUAUUUUUCUCGCUGAUAGAGGUUUCU